AUGGGAUCGUCUCCCUUACCCCAAAACAUCACUUUGGGAGGGAGGGCGAGCAGGCGCGAGUUUCUUUCCCAAGGCUGGUAUUUUGCAAAUGAACAGACUUUGCUCUUUGGCAUCUUAUUGGCAAUCACAGGAAACAUUUUUAUCAGCAUCUCCUUGAAUCUGCAGAAAUAUUCUCAUCUUCGGUUGACCCAACAAGUCAUUCAGAAACCUUGUUACAGAAGCAAACUCUGGUGGUGUGGAAUUAUAUUUAUGGGAAUUGGAGAAAUUGGGAACUUCGCAGCCUAUGGAUUUGCUCCAGUUAUGGUUGUUGCUCCUUUAGGAAGUGUGGCUGUCAUUGGUGGUGCCAUUAUAGCUGUCUUAUUCCUAAAAGAGCAUUUUAGCUCUCAAAGUAUAUUGGGUGGAACAGUGAUGCUUGUUGGAAUGUUUCUACUGGUGACUUUUGCGCCUCAUAUUAUCCAAAAAGUCACAGCAAGGACGAUACAGACUGAUUUAGUUAGUUGGCAGUUCUUGAUUUAUAUGAUCGUGGAAAUAGUAGCUUUCUGCAUUCUUUUGUAUUUCUACAAGAGAAAAGAAGCAAAGCACAUUGUAGUUUUGUUAACAAUGGUAGCACUACUAGCAUCUCUGACCAUCAUUUCAGUGAAAGCAGUGGCAGCCAUGCUGACAUUUUCUGUGAAGGGAAACAUGCAGCUAACUUACCCUAUUUUCUAUCUUAUGCUCAUUCUAAUGACAUCAACUUGUAUAUUUCAAGUCAAGUUCUUGAAUCAAGCAGUGGAGAUCUACGGUUCAGCACAAGUCAUUCCACUGAACUACGUGCUCUCUACUCUUAGUUCUAUCCUUGCAGGAGCCAUGUUUUAUCACGAGUUCCAAGGUGCAGGCUUCCUGAGUAGUUUCAUGUCUCUGUUUGGGUGUUCUCUGACAUUUAUUGGCGUUUCUAUAAUAUCCCAGAACAGAAGCAAGGAACAUUUGACAACAUUUUAUAUAGACUGUGAACACAUUCCUGGGAAGAAGAAAAGCAGCACAAUACAGCCAGAUUCAAAUAACCCAUCUUAUGGUUCUUUAUAUAAAGAAAGUAUCUCUCUCAAGACUCCAACCAAAGAAUAAAAAGAAAAUAUAUUUUUUAAAUCUUCCA